AUGGAUUCCGUUCCGACGAAGUGAGAUGAACAUCAAACCUCUCCAGUCAACUAACGGCAACCUUGCCUCUGGCCAAAGAGGGCCAAUACCUCCAGACAACAAACAGAUCGACCAGGCAUUCAUUUUUUCGGCAGCGUAAAUUAUUCGCGCCAGACGACGAAUCUGUAGCCCCGUCAACAUCAUUCUCCAAAUCAAACUUGCAGCAGCUCCCAACGGCGUUUGCCCAAGAAUGACACACGAGAGUUUUCUUGCUGCUACCGUCCUGAAGGAGGAUGGGACUACAGCCCGGGCGAUUCUUCGCGGGGUGACCGAAUCUCACGAACGGCACUAUUUCACGCGUAUCCAACACUACAAGCCUACGGACUCUACUUCGCGAGGCCUUUCCACGGUCAAGCAACUGCAGAAGGAACGGAGACCGACGACAGCCCAGUGGCAGGAAUUACACCAGAUUCUGGUCAAGCAACCUUCUGUUGUACAAGUGCGCACCGACAUCACGGAAGAGGUUCUGAACGCGCUCAGCCGCAGUCAAGGGGGAGAGGCUCCACCGGUCAUCAUCCCUGCCGGGAAACCCUGUUCUCUCAGAUGGGCCGACAUGCCUGAUCCACCAAGUCCACAACGGCCCCCCUUUAUCGCCCAGCGCAGGCUUGUCGACAUCGAUGACCCGAGAGCCCCAGCCAUUCUUGCCGAAAACAGCUUUGGGCCCACCUCGGACCUGAUCGAGGAGUCGUACUGCUGGUGGUCUGAAGGCGUCGAAUACGCUUUGACUCGCAUGUUUGUGGUAGCAUUGAAGACGGAUCCUAUUGUCUCAACCCAGGUUCCGAAUCCAGCAGGGCUUACGUCUGUCGGCAACAUCUGGAUACUCUACGUCCGCGCCAAGGUUGAUUCUUCGCCGACGACGACGAUGCCGGAGCGAGUGAGACAGGCGCAGGCGCAGCUGGUACGAGUCAGGGAGCAACUGAAGGGUGUCUUCGACUUCCCCGCCUUCGACCGCCGUUGCCACGAUACUCGAGUACCAUACUCGAAGGCGGGCUAGGGACCUAAUACACAGCGAUGGGACAACCCGGAACAUGAGGCGCCAAACGAUCAGGCAGGACUAAGAAGUCUCGAAGCCAACUUCGGCCAGUCUUUGGCUCCAAGAGCAGCUUUACGCAUUACGAGUAAAAUCGUAAUCGUCGUGGCGUU